GCCAUCGACCGCACGUCGGUCCAUCGCCUCACCAGUGGCCAAGUCGUCGUCGACUUGCAGACUGCCGGCGCGUCCCCCUCUCCCUCGGUCGCCUGGCGAGAGUCGAGCUCACCCCUCUCCUCCUCCUCCCCGAACGCAGUCAAGGAGCUCGUCGAGAACGCGCUCGAUGCCGGCGCAACUUCUGUCGACAUCACGUUCCGCGACGCCGGCGUCGAGUCGAUCGAGGUCAAGGACAACGGCAAGGGCAUCGACCAGGGCGACUGGGAGGGCAUCGCGCUCAAGCACCACACGUCGAAGCUCGCCUCGUUCGCCGACCUCGCCGCCGUCGCGACGCUCGGCUUCCGCGGCGAGGCCCUUUCGUCCCUGUGCGGCGUCGCAAACCUCUCGAUGGUGACCUCGACCGCGUCCACCGCCCCGAUGGGCACCUCGCUCGCGUUCGCCCACAGCGGCGCGUGCACGCCCCUCAAAAAAGUGGCGCGCGAGCGCGGCACGACCGUCAAGGUCGAGCGCCUGUUUGACCGCCUCCCCGUCCGGCGCAAGGAGCUCGUCAAGAACGCGCAGCGCGAGCUCGCAAAGGCGCUCGCGCUCGUCCAGGCGUACGCGCUCGUCAACGUCGGCGUCCGGUUCGAGGCGAGGAACGUCACAAAGGGGUGCACGCUCGUCCAGCUCAAGACGACGGCGUCGACCUCGCUCCGCACGGCCUUCUCGUACCUGUUCUCGCCCAAGGACCUGCCGUCGCUCCUCGACCUCGACCUCACGUUCGACGUCACGACCGAGAAGAGCGUCAUGAAGCUUGACGGGCCAACGCGCAGCGCGACGACGAUCCACGUCAAGGGCCUCAUCUCCAAGCCGUCAACCGGGCAUGGGCGCACGUCGGGCAACCGCCAGUUCUUCUACAUCAACGGCCGGCCGUUUCAACCCGCAAAGGUCGCCAAGGCGGUCAACGAGGUGUACAAGUCGUUCAACGCGAACCAGUUCCCCUGCAUCGUCGCCGACUUUCAGCUCGCGCCCGACGCCUACGACGUCAACGUCUCGCCCGACAAGCGCACCAUCUUUCUCCACUCGGAGGGCAACCUCAUCGCGGCGCUCAAG